AUGGAGUUUGACAGAGUAGGGGCUGGACCAGUUAAGUGCCUUAGACUUUGGUGUUUUACUGGGUGUGACAUGGAACACAAAGGCAAAAGAGGCAUAGUGUGUGUCACUGGGGCUUCAGGUUUUCUGGCUUCUUGGCUCAUUAAGCGACUUCUUUUAUCUGGCUAUCAUGUCAUUGGAACAGUCAGAGAUUUGGGGAAGCAGAAGAAGUAUGAACAUUUGUGGAAGCUGGAAGGAGCUAAGGAGAGACUGGAACUAGUCCAAGCUGAUUUAAUGGAAGAAAACAGCUUCGACAAUGCGAUCAUGGGAUGCAAAGGAGUCUUCCACAUGGCCUCUCCUGUACUCAAUCAUAUAUCAGAUCCCAAGUCAGAAAUAUUGGAACCCGCAGUGAAAGGAACGCUAAAUGUGUUGCGCUCUUGUGGAAAGAAUCCAGCCCUUGACCGUGUGGUUUUAACAUCAUCGUCUUCAACUAUUAGACUAAGAGAUGAUUUUGAUCCAAAUGUACCAUUAGAUGAAUCAUCUUGGAGCUCAUUGGAAAUUUGCGAGAAACUGCAGGCAUGGUAUGCGAUGUCAAAGACAAAGGCAGAGAAAGCAGCGUGGGAAUAUUGCAGAGAGAAUGGAAUAAAUUUAGUGACAAUUUUGCCAUCAUUCAUAAUUGGACCAAGCUUGCCACCAGAUUUAUGUUCUACAGCAUCUGAUGUUCUAGACUUGCUCAAAGGGGAAACCAAGAAAUUCCAAUUGCUUGGGAGGAUGGGAUACGUUCAUAUUGAUGAUGUUGCCCUUUGCCACAUCCUUCUUUACGAACAUGAAGCUUCCCAUGGCCGAUACCUUUGCAGCUCUACAGUGAUGGAUGAACAUGAUUUGGCAGCAUUGCUAGCCAAUCGUUAUCCUACCCUCCCCAUCUCCAAAAGGUUCGAGAAAUUAGAUAGACCAUAUUACGAACUAAACACUGGAAAGCUGAGGAAUCUAGGAUUCAAGUUCAAGUCUAUUGAAGAAAUGUUCGAUGAUUGCAUUGCAUCACUUGUGAAGCAAGGCCAUCUCAUUCUUCAUCAAGGCCAGGGUGCAAUUUAA